GUUUUCGGCGCCCCUCCGUUCAGGGCGGCCAUCACGGGUACUAAUCAAUUCAUCACGCCAAGACUCAUGCCGGAAAAUGCCCUUCCAUGCGCCUCCCUCUUCGUGUUGCGGCCAUAGGCGUCUUCGUGCUCGUCCUGAGUACUCUGUACGCAUACCUCAGCUACCGACCAUCCUAUGAAUUAUACACAGACCUGAUUGACACAGAAAUCCAUCAAUCCUUGCUUGUGUCGGGAUCCUCUACGAGGCGCUACGUGAUUUUCCAGCAGCUCCAAGGCGCAGGAUUCAACAACCAAGCCCAGGAGAUACUCCUUUUCCACCAUCUUUCUCUCUUGACGGACAGGGCUUACGUUUACCAGCCCUUUUUCUGGCGCCCCCGCAAUGAGCCCCUACCAUUGUCGGCGUUCCUGCUGGGGCCCACUGAGGGGUCACUUUCUGCAGCAAUUUUUGACACUGUCUGUCCUACAGAACAGGUCACACACGUAACCAUCGAUGCCCCUCAUGAUGAGCUCUGGCAGGCUGCUCUAGAUGUACUUUCCUCAGAUGAUGGAUGCAUCGCUGUGGAUAACUGGGUAUUACCCUGGAGUUUCCUUGAAUCUGUAUCAGUAGCGGAUAUCUUCCCAUCCUUUUCCGUCUACCUUUCCACCUAUUUCCUAUGGUCUCUUCCUAUACAGCACCUCGCGGCUCGAACGCAUGCUGCUCUCAAUUUACGCUCUCCAUCGUACCCAGUGGCAGAUCCUUAUAUCGCGCUCCAUCUUCGUCGCGGUGACUUCUCAUCCCACUGUGUUUACCUCGCGGAAUCACAGAAGAACUUUACGACGUGGGCAACCCUACCCGCUCUCAGCAUACUCCCACCAGCUCUGGAUGUCCAGAAUUCUUCAUCUAUUAUGGAGCAUUGCUAUCCAACUCUUCCACGAGUGAUAGACGCUAUACGCAUAGGCCUCGAGCGCGCACCUCACGCACGCGUUCUUCAUAUACUACAUGAUGCUAAAUGGGAUCACCCACUUGUGUAUACGCAUAUGUGGAAGAUCGAAAAAGCUGUCAAAACAUGGGGAUGGGUGGACAGAGUGACCCACAGUGGAAUGAUCCCAGCCAGCUGGGGGGAGGGCGAUUUCACUAUCGGAGUUGACAUGGAAGUGGCCAGCAAGGCCGCAUUUUUUAUUGGUGUAGGAUAUUCAAGUUUGACGAGUCAGGUGGUAGCAUUGAGGCUUGCAGGAGGACAAAGCGAGGGUAGUAUUUUAUUGAUGUGAUAUUUAUUUACUCUUUAUCUGGAUACCACUUUUAUUAUGAACGAUACCACAUCCCCUGUAUUUUGUUUGGUAGUUUGAGUUGCUAAUAGUGUUGUUGUAACUUCUGUUUUUGUGUACCAACUUGAAUCAACAUACUGAGAAAAUCUCAACAGCUUGGAUUCACAACUCUGCGAGCGCGUUCCCCGCCCGGCCGUCUGCUGAAAUUUUUCGCCAGUGGUAAU